GCUCCCACGUGACCAGAACUGACCAACCGGCAGCCGCGGCGGUAGCGGCGGGGAAAUUCAAAAGUGUUUGAGGAGAGGGAUCUGGAUUCCAUCUUUUCUUCCGGAUUCCGCUUUCCCGCGGUGUUCUUCCCUCGCAGACACACACCGAGGGACGGCGGCGGCCCGUGUGUGGGGCUCUUUAGCCGCGAGGGCCGAAAUGGAGGCUGAAGACGUAGGUGGCAGAGAAUUGACAAUUGAUUCUAUAAUGAACAAAGUGAGAGAUAUUAAAAAUAAAUUUAAAAAUGAAGACCUUACUGAUGAACUAAGCUUGAAUAAAGUCUCUGCUGAUUCUACAGAUAACUCGGGAACUGUUAAUCAAAUUAUGAUGAUGGCAAACAACCCAGAGGACUGGUUGAAUUUGUUGCUCAAACUAGAGAAAAACAGUGUCCCUCUAAAUGAUGCUCUUUUAAAUAAAUUGAUCGGUCGUUAUAGUCAAGCAAUUGAAGCCCUGCCUCCAGAUAAAUAUGGGCAAAAUGAGAGUUUUGCUCAAAUUCAAGUGAGAUUUGCUGAAUUAAAAGCUAUUCAGGAGCCGGACGAUGCCCGUGACUACUUUCAUAUGGCCAAAGCAAACUGCAAGAAAUUUGCUUUCGUGCAUAUAUCUUUUGCACAAUUUGAACUAUCGCAAGGUAAUUUCAAAAAAAGUAAACAACUUCUUCAUAAAGCUGUAGAAUGUGGAGCAGUACCACUGGAAAUGCUGGAAAUUGCCAUUCAGAAUUUAAACCUUCAAAAGAAGCAGCUGCUUUCAGAGGAGGAAAAGAAGAGUUUAUCAGUAUCUACGGUAUUGACUACUCAAGAACCAUUCCCCAAUUCACUUGGACAUUUACAGAAUAGGAACAUCAGUUGUGAUUCCAGAGGACAGACUACAAAAGCCAGGUUUUUGUAUGGAGAGAACUUGCCCCCUCAAGAUGCAGAGAUAGGUCAUCGAAAUUCCUUGAAACAAACAAACAAAGCUAAACGGUCAUGCCCAUUUGGAAGAGUCCCAGUUAACCUUCUAAAUAGCCCGGAUUAUGGGAAGACAGAUGGUUCAGUUUUACCAAGUUUUACUAAAAGACAGACCUCUGGAUCAGAACGCCGAGAUAUAAUUGUGUCUGGAUCUAAAUCAAGUGGAAAUGAUUCCAGUGAAUUGAGACAUUUAAAGUCUAUUCAAAAUAUCAAUUCCAAGGAAUCUCUGAUGUCAGAUGAGAAGAGUUCUGAACUUGAUACUGAUUCAGUAACCCUAAAGAAUAAAUCUGAAUCAAGUCUUCUAACAAAAUUAGAAGAAACUAAGGAACAUCAAGAACAAAAUGUUACAGUGAGUAACCAGAAACAGUGGCAGUCUGUGAGAAAGUCAGAAUGCGUAAACCAGAAUCCUGUUGCAUCCUCAAAUCUGUGGCAGAUUCCAGAGGUUUCUCGAAAAGUUGAUACAGAGCAGAAACAAACCAUUUUUGAGCAACCUGCCUUUUCAGUUUCAAAGCAGUCACCACCAAUAUCAGCACCUACAUGGACUGAUCCAAAAUCUCUUUGUAAAACACCCAGUAGCAGUGCCUUGGAUGAUUACAUGAACUGUUUUAGAACUCCUGUUGUAAAGAAUGACUUUCCAUCUGCUUGUCAGUUGUCAACACCUUACAGCCAGCUUGCACAUUUCCAGCAGCAACAGCAGCAAAUACCUGUUACUCCACUUCAAACUUUACAGAUUUCAGCAUCCUCAACAAAUGAAUGCAUUUCAGUUAAAGGAAGAAUGUAUUCUAUAUUGAAGCAGAUAGGAAGCGGAGGCUCAAGUAAGGUAUUCCAGGUAUUAAAUGAAAAGAAACAGAUACAUGCCAUAAAGUAUGUAAACUUAGAAGAAGCAGAUAAUCAAACAAUUGAGAGUUACCGGAAUGAAAUUGCUUAUUUGAAUAAACUACAACAACACAGUGAUAAGAUCAUCCGACUUUAUGAUUAUUUGUUUGUUUUUAAUGGCAGUGAAAUCACGGACCAGUACAUUUACAUGGUAAUGGAGUGUGGAAAUAUAGACCUAAAUAGUUGGCUUAAAAAGAAAAAAUCCAUCAAUCCAUGGGAACGUAAAAGUUACUGGAAAAAUAUGUUGGAGGCAGUUUAUACAAUUCAUCAACAUGGCAUUGUUCAUAGUGAUCUGAAACCUGCUAACUUUCUGAUAGUUGAUGGAAUGCUAAAACUAAUUGAUUUUGGAAUUGCAAACCAAAUGCAACCAGAUACAACAAGUAUUGUUAAAGAUUCUCAGGUUGGUACAGUUAAUUAUAUGCCACCAGAAGCAAUCAAAGAUAUGUCUUCCUCAAGAGAGAAUGGAAAAUCCAAGUCAAAGAUAAGUCCUAAAAGUGACGUUUGGUCCUUAGGAUGCAUUUUGUACUAUAUGACUUAUGGGAAGACACCAUUUCAGCAUAUAAUUAACCAGAUUUCUAAAUUACAUGCCAUAAUUGACCCUAAUCAUGAAAUCGAAUUUCCUGAUAUUCCAGAGAAGGAUCUUCAAGAUGUGUUAAAGUGUUGCUUAAUAAGGGACCCUAAACAGAGGAUAUCCAUUCCUGACCUUCUGGCGCAUCCAUAUGUUCAAAUUCAAACUCAUCCAGGUAACCAGAUGGCUAAGGGUACCACUGAAGAAAUGAAAUAUGUUCUGGGCCAACUUGUUGGUCUGAAUUCUCCUAACUCCAUUUUGAAAGCUGCUAAAACUUUAUAUGACCGCUAUAGUAGUGGUGAAAGUCACGAUUCCUCUUCAUCAUCCAAGACUUUUGAAAACAAGUGGGAGAAAAAAUAAUUUACAGCUACUCCUAAACUGUCAAAUAUCACCUGUAAAUCAUAUUGGACUGUAUAUACUCUUUAUUCUCUGUGGAAAUCUGCUCUUAAAGACAACUUCACCCUGAAAUGUCAAUGGCAGAAAAAUUCAGUAGAUUAUCCUCAAAAGAAAACUGUAAAAAUAAUAACCACUAAUGGUACUGUAUAAAGUUGUAGAAUUGUUUUCUCUCUUUUAUGCUUUCCUGUAAAUCUACUCUAUUUGAUACCAUUUCACAUUCAGAAUAGUGGGCGAACAACUGAAAUACAUUCUGAAGAACUAUGUAAAUAAAGCUUUGUAGCAUAAAAUGACACUAAAAUGUAGAAAUUGUAAUUAUUUUCUUCAAACAAAUGUACUGGUGAUAUGGUGCAAAAUUCUUAAUAAAAAUUGAAGGGACGCCUCAGUGGCUCAGCGGUUGAGCAUCUGCCUCAGCUCAGGGCAUGAUCCUGGAGUCCUAGGAUCAAGUCCCACAUCAGGCUCUCUGCAUGGAGCCUUCUCCCUCUGCCUAUGUCUCUGCUUCCUCUCUCUGUGUGACUCUCAUGAAUAAAUAAAUAAAAUAUUAAAAAAAAUUAAGGGAAGAUACAAGACUAGAUCUUAGUAAAUGAAUUUCAAGAAGAAAAUUCCAAAGGGUUUGAAUUCUAAAAUAGAUUUCCUAAUUGCUUUAUGGCACUGAUGCAGUCCAGAGUUUUAGGGCUACACUUUGUUUUUUUUUAAUUCUCUCUUUGAUUCUUCAUAAUAUCUAUUGCACAGUGUUUAGAGUAUCAUGCUAGCUUCUGUGGUAUAAGUUGUAUAGGGCAUACCUUCACUGUAAUUUGCUUGGUAAUUGACAAAUUACAAAUGUAGUCUUAGAGUCUUUGGGACUCAAUCUAGUAUUCUCUCUCUCUCUCUCUCUUUUUUUUUUUUUUUAAAGACCUUUUAAGAUCAGUUUUAGGUCCACAGCGAAGUUGAGGGGAAGGUGCAGAGAUUUCCCAUCUAGCUCCUGCCCCAACAUAUACAUAGUAUUCCCCAUUAUCAACGUCCCCUACCAGAUUGGUACAUUUGUUAAAACUAAUGAACCUAAAAAAAAAAAAAAAAAAAAAAAAA